AUGGCUUGCCCAGCCUCGCCUGCCACCAGUCGCUAUGGCCCCGAUCCCAACAACCACCCUGACCAAAAAGAAUUAUCUAACAUUAUCAGCAACCUAGACUUUGGCUCGGACGGCACCGCUCCCCUUGUUAUUGGUACCGAUGGUGUCCUCCGAACUCUGACAGAAGACUGCGACGUGAUAGACGCCAUUGGCCUUCCACCUCGACUGCUCAAAGCUUUUCUCGAUCGAACUACAUUUGACCAGGGAAUGGAAGACAUGUUUCGCGGGGCAGAUGGAACGAAAGUGCCUCAGGAGCAGUGGUGGAAGCCAGAUCCAUCGUUAUUACCGCCACCGAUGACAGCGGAGGAGAAAGCACAGGUCGAGAAGGAUAAUAAGGAGCACAAGGAAAUAAUCCAGGAGAACACUAGGAAAAUGGAAAGUGGUGAACUGAAACCGUGCGGCGUUGUUAUUCGGUCGGAUUAUGAUAUCGGUCCGAGGUAG